AUGACAAUCUCACAAGCCGAGCCGGUCCUCGUCACCGCGCCUCCUGCCCUCUCGUUGAAGCCUCAGAUGCUCAAUGGGGUGUCCGCUGACAAUCACGAGAACGAGUGGUAUCGGACCGAAUUCUCGUCCAACGGAUAUCAGAUCCAGGAGCAGCCGCUCAACACGCAGCGGCCGAUGCACGUCUUGAUCAUCGGAGCUGGAGCUGCGGGCCUGCAGAUUGCCUACAAGGCCCUUCGACAGCUCAAAAACGUGCGAUUUACCAUCUAUGAGAAAAAUGCCGACGUUGGGGGCACGUGGCUUGAGAACCGCUACCCUGGCUGCACUUGCGACAUUCCAAGUCACUCGUACCAGUUCAGUUUCUGGCGGAAGCCCGAUUGGAAGAGCUACUACUCUGGGGCUGAAGAGAUCCGGCAAUAUCUCAAGGACUUUGCCGUCAAGAACGAUCUGGAGAAGUUCGUCCGGUUUCGUCACAAGGUCCAAGAAGCGCGUUGGGACCAGGAGAGGGGGGUCUGGCAAUUGAAAGGCCAGCAGGCAGAUGGGUCUGACUUUACAGACGAAGGAGAGAUCCUCGCGUCUUGCCACGGCGUCCUCAAUUCAUGGAAAUACCCAAACAUUCCCGGCAUCGAGAGUUUCAAGGGCAAGAUUCUCCAUAGUGCUGCGUGGGAUGACAAUGUCGUGUUAGAGGGUAAGAGGGUCGCUGUCGUUGGUGGAGGCUCAUCGGCAGUGCAAAUCAUCCCCUCCAUUCAGCCCCAGGUCGAGAAGCUUUACGCAUAUCUGAGAUCACCGGUUUGGAUCACUGCAGGCUUUGGAGCCAAGCACGCCGCACCCGGAGGCGUCAAUUUCGACUAUACCGAGGAGCAGAAGGCUCAGUUUGCCCGGGAUCCGUCCGUGCUUGACACUUAUUGUCGCGACGUAGAGGGAGAACUGAACAAGCGAUUCACACUGAUGCACCUUGACAGCGUUGACCAAAAGUCCUCGAGAGAUUUUGUGGCCGAAAGCAUGUUCCAGAAGCUUGGGGGUGAUGAGCGCUUAUCAGAGCACCUGAUUCCAAAAUAUGCGCUGGGCUGUCGCCGAAUGACUCCAGGAUCCAACUACCUGCAAUCACUCCUCUCACCCAACGUGCAAGUCGUACCACAGUCCGCUGUCGAAGUGACUCCAACAGGCUUGAUCGACUCUACCGGCAACCACACGGAAGUUGAUGUCAUAAUCUUUGCAACUGGCUUCGACACCAGCUUCAGCCCGGCAUACAAGGUUGUGGGUCAAAACGGUCGGACGCUGCGCGAGGAAUGGAAGGACUUUCCAAAGGCGUACUUGAGUCUCAUGGCCAGGGGUUUCCCCAAUAUGUUUCAUUUCCCCGGUCCCAACGGUCCUGCAUCUCACGGAUCGGUGCUUCCGAUCCUGGAAUGGCAUACUCGUUAUUUAUUCAAAGUGAUUUCUCACAUGCAACGGACCUUCAUCAAAUCACUGGAGCCGUCUGCUGAAGUGGUUGCAGACUUAUAUAUCCAUACGCACGAAUUGCUCAAGCGUACUGCAUGGUCCUCAGCUUGUCGUUCUUGGUUCAAGAAUGGAAAGAUCCAUGGACCAGUCACAGCCAUUUGGCCUGGGAGUCGUCUGCAUUAUUUCGAGGUGCUAAAAGAACCGCGUUAUGAGGAUUUUGAUAUCCAGUACAUGGGAGAUGGAAAUAGGUUUGCAUUCCUCGGAAACGGCUAUACCGAAACGGAACUCGACGAGCACGGAAACCCGGUCUGGUAUUUCGAUGUCUUGGGGGAAGAGCUUGCAUUAGGGACGGAAGCAUUUGCAAUAACAAAGUCCUGA